CAGCCCCCUGCCCUACAUGGAAGGAAGAAGUCAGGAUUAGGCGCUUCCUGUGAAAACAUGCCAGUGUUCCCCAGCAUGGUGCUGUUAUAGUUAAGCAGGCAGUGGUUCUAUUCCUAGCCCUUAGGCUCAGCUAGCACCACACAGCUAGCGUAUUCAAGGCUAACCACGGUGGAGCCCCACGAACAAGCUCUCGGAAAUCCCAAGUGUCUAACCUUGGUAAAAGCAAGAGGGGGUGUAAAGAGCAGCUUAAAGGAGUCCCCCAAUGUAAAUUUGUAAGCAGGGCGAGAUGCCCCCGGCCAAGGUUGACUGCUAAGGAAGUGAUGUUCUAUUCAGUGCGGGGCUUUGCGUUUGGAGAGGGCUUGAACUUCUGCCUCUGCUUUUCGCUCUGUCUUGCGCUCUCUCUCUCUCUCUCUUGCAGAUGAGGAUGAGUGGGCAGGGAGACUGCAAUUUGCGUGUUCAGGGUGAUUAAGUGCUUAAGGUGAGUUAGCCUCCAUGAAUGGCCCUCGAUAUCCGUCCCCUGCUGAGCUGGAUGCUUUUGCCCAGAAGACAGCCAGCAGCCCCCUGUCUAUCAAGAUAUUCCCGUCCAACAUCAGAGUGCCGCAGCACAAACAGCUCAACAGGACCGUGAACGGGCUAGACACCACGGGCACCCAGCGGUACAGCCCAUACUCCAACCCCUACUCAGGAGGCUACCAGGGCCUGCUGGGCGUAGCGAAGGCCUCUGUCUCCGUGGUCAAAAGUGUGGUCAAAAACUCAGAGGGCAAGAGGAGUAAACAUUCCCCUGCCCAAACAGCUGUAACACCAUACAACCCUCUCAGCCACGGCCGACAUGGGCAACAGAAGGCCUACCACAUGGGCUCCUGCAAGCCCCCCGACAUGCCCGGCGUGUCUGCCCCGUCUAAUGCUGUCGCGGCUGCCUCGGUCCUCCCCACUCCGGUAGGACAGACUCUGGCCCCCCAGUCUGACCUGGAUGUCCAGAGCCUGCUGAGGCAGAUGAACAGACACUCCCAUCCACACAGCCAGGCCCAGCAGCAAGGCGGAGGGGCCCAGCUUAGCCCCUCCCUUCAGGCGGUGGCUGCUGUGGCCUGCUCAGACUCGGGAUACACCCUGGGAGUGGCAUCCCAGAGCAGCCUGGCAUACUCGGGGGCCGUGCUUCCCACCCAGAGCGCAGACAUGGCCAAGGCUGGGUACCUGGACAGAGUGGACUACAGUAUGUGGCAGCACAAACAGCAGCAGCCGCAGCACUAUCAACAGGGGGCGCUAAGGAUGUACAACAAUGCUCGGAUGGGCAGCGGAGGAGGGGCUGUGGUCAGCCGCUCACCAGAUAUCUGUCUCCCAUUGGCCUGCUCUGCCCAGCUCUCCUACAGGCCACACCCCCUCAGUGCAGGCACUAACGGGGCUGGAGGAGUGAUUGGUCAGGAGCGGGUUAGCUCUUCCCCGCUGAACUGUGCCGCCAUGCAUGGGGAGUUCUCUGUGGGCCAGUACUUCGCCCCUCCGUGGAACAGUGUUCUGGCGACCCCGGACAGCGACUGUUACAACCCUCAAGAGCUGGCGGCCGGCUCCACUAUGGGCCGGCUCCGAGACAUGGGCCACCCUCACCCGAACCAUGGCCUCAACCCCCAGCCACACCAGCUCCACCCUCAGGCCUACGCCACAGACCAAAGCCUGGGCCUGUUUUGUGGGCUGCCCAGCACCAGCCUAUGCCAGGCAUCCGUGCUGAGCAGCAGCCUGCAGUCUCUGGAGUGCCUGAUCAGCGAGAUCCACCCGCCCUGCAUCAAGGAGCGCAUGCUGGGCAGGGGCUACGAGGCGGUGGGGAUGCCCCGGCUUCUGGACCACCACCUCCAACACACCCACAUCCAGCUGCCCGUGUUCAGAUAAGAGCGGACGUGUCCACCCUGCGCAGGGCAUAUAUAGUGUAUGACAGGAACUCUGUGUGUCAUUUUGAUGAGGCCACCUCAGACUGAGAAAUGUAUGGUACAUUUUUAUUUAGUGUGUAUGUGUUGUAUUGGUAGAGGGCUAUGUGGUUCGGAUGUGACCAAGUUCUGUGUACCUUAAAAGGGUGAUGAUAAUCAUGAACGACCUUGAAGGGUCGUCUUGUUUCACGUCUUAAUGUUUUCAUUUCAGAAGGUUUGUCAGCCAAUCAGAGAAUCAGUUCACGCCUGUCGGAUGUUCCUCAGACGAUUCCAGUGUUUUUCGCCGUGUGUGUGUGUUUCAGAGCUUCACCUUGUUUUGAAACCAUUACAAAUGUUUAAAUUCUGAAGUGAGGUGAAAAGGUGGAAUCCUGCUAAUGCCCUUUACACAGUGCCAAAAAUGCAACUGGAAAAUGGUAGACGCUUAGAGGAAUAAGGGCACAGCUUCAGGGCUCCAGGCUCUUUUUGUUUUAUUUAACCCUUACACUUAACUGACCAGUAAAGAAUGCACUGCUGUAAGAAUUACAGAAUGGGUCAGUUUAAAUAUGGGAGAAGUUGACUAUGAACCGUUUAUUUUAAAAAAUGAAAAACUUGAAUAUUUAGUUGUUUUUUGUUAGUCAUAACCUGUGUUGGCUGCUAAUGGAGCAUAAUGUCUUUAUAUAAUGAUUGACCUUUUUGUUUUUGAUGUUUUGUCUGCUCUUCUUAAUUGCUGUCUGUUACCAGGCUGUUGCUAGGCUGCAUGUCACAACGCAGAUAUCUGCUAGCCAUCACCUUAAUGUUUGACCAUUUAAUUUAUUGGAAUGACCGAAUGAUAAUGUUUUACCUAAAACAACGCAGAGACAUUGAGGAAAGGAUGUGCCAUUUGAUUCUUUGUGUUUUCAUUGACCUUUUCUUAGCUUUGGCUGACAUCAUUCAUCAUUUAGGUCUGAAUCACAAAACAUACUACCUUAAUCAACAGGAGUCCCUCAGAUAGUGUCUCGGUGAAAGGAUACAUGUUUUCAGACUGAAGGCAUGACGAUCAGAUUUCAGUAUUCCACAGAAGAUUAUUGAUUUAGAAGUCGAGUUCACUGUGGAGGUGUGUCCUGUUUUCACAAUCACUGGAUUCACUGGAGAACAGGCAUUCCUUAUAUCUCUUCACUGCUCUCAAUGUUUUCUUUCUAACGAUAGAUGUAUUUUCUUUGUUAGUGGUUUAUCGGAUAGCCUGAGAAGUAUGGCUUUAUAAAAAAAAAGCUACGUAUAUAUAUGUAUAUGUGUAUAUACUGUAUAUAUAUGUAUAUACAUGUAUGUAUAUGCCAUCACUGUCUAAGAUCAUUGCUUUUUCUUUUCUCUUCUUUUUCAGUUAGUCAGGAUUUUGUUGGUUAACAAUGUAACCGACUCAAUGAUUAUAAAGUGCAAUUAUAAUAUUUAACAGGUGAGCCCUCUACAAACUUGUUGAAAUGAAUACAUUUACACGAGUAGGCUACACGUAUGACUCCAGGCUCCAAUACCCAAUCUCCUGUUCUUAAUUAAGAUUGUCAAAUAAAUCUAAUUUUUCUAAACCCAA